AUGGCAGCAUUCAGCACCACCGACGAGGCUGUCCUCACUGCCCCUCUCGAGCUCAAUCCUCUUGCCCAGUCAGCCACUGCUUCCUCCUCGGGUCGCCCCAUCUAUUACAUCUACGACGUCGUUUCCACAGCGGCAAAGAUCCGCACCGGUCGCUUCAAGCGAGUAGCUCUGCAGUUUCCCGACGAAGCACUCAUCGACUCCGUUCCAGUCUACUGGGCACUCAAGAGCGAGGUUCGAAAGAUCUACUCCCAUGACGCUGCUGGCUCAGAUGCUGCUUCGGCUUCCACAUCGACCUCGGCGUUGGGCUCCAGUACCGGCUUGCCUGAAUUUUACAUUCUCGCGGACACAAGCUAUGGAGGAUGCUGUGUAGACGAAGUAGCCGCAAAACACGUCGAUGCGGACUUGGUGGUGCAUUACGGUCACGCUUGUCUCUCUGCCACUGCGAGGAUGCCCGUCAUCUACGUCUUUACCAAGCAACCUCUCGCGGAUGUUGCGGCUGCUGCUUCGGGCUUGGCGCAAGAAGCAAGUCAGCAUAUCUCCAGUCAAGUCGAAGAGGAUAACGUCAAAGCUUUGGUGUUGACCUACGAUGUGUCGUGGGACCACGUGGUAGACGAUGUUUACCACGCAACACAAAAGGCGCUAAAGGGCAAAAGUGUUGAUCUGCCCCUUGUCAGGACACACGUCGACGUUAGAAGGAACUACCAGGACAAGCUCGUCAACGGAAAGUCUUCAGCUUCCAGCGCGGCCAAGCAAGCAGAUUGUUGUGGUGCUUCUCGAGACUCGUGUUGCGGUGGAGCAGAACAGAUCUUGUCCUCUUGCUGCAAUGGAGGUGGCUGUUCGUCUCAAGAUGCAGCGACGUGCUGUACUGGGGCUGCGGCGACAGCACCUUCACCAUCAUCAAUAGGACCGCCUCCUUCCACGACAUCGACCAUCAACGAUAUCGCCUCUUCACAAUCAUCACAACCACUCGGACCUUCCCGCAUGGUCACCCUUCCACCCGGCGUCACCCUCUCACAAUGUGCCUACCUCUACCUCGGCCCCGAAUCUCUCUCCCUCACCAACCUCCUCCUCACACUCGGCGCCUCGACGCCUCUCAUCUCGUACAACCCGCUCACCUCCACCUCUCGCGUCGAAACCGGCUCCACCAACCGUCUGCUCAUGAAGCGGUACGCCUCGGUGCUCAAAGCGCGCGAUGCCUCGGUCGUCGGCCUCCUCGUCGGCACCCUCGGCGUGCACUCCUACCUCCCUCUCCUCAAGUACCUCCGCCAACUACUCACCGGCAAGAAGUCCGGUCGCAAAGUAUACACCAUCUCCGUAGGCAAACUCAACCCGGCCAAGUUGGCCAACUUCCAAGAGAUCGACGUAUUCGUCCUAGUCGCCUGCCCGGAGAACACGUUGGUGGACAGCAAGGAGUUUUACAAACCCAUCGUCACACCGUUUGAGAUGGAGUUGGCCGUCAAGGCAGCAGAGAGGCAGCAGGCGGGUGAGGAAGGUGUGGAUUGGAGUGGAAGGUAUGUCUUGGAUCUGGAACGAUUGGUUCCGGAGGAGUUCAAGAGUGAGGGUGGCGAUUUGGAAGCAAAGAUGGAUGGUAUGAAAGUCGAAGAGAGUGGAAAUGUCAAUGAAGUUGACGGCGACGACGACGACGACGAUGACGAUGAUCAACCACACUUCUCCCUCAUCAGUGGAACCUACGUUCACAGGCGAAAGUUCAACACCAAACCCACCACUCCCGCUCUUCCCUCCAGCGAAGAUGUCCACCUGCAACUCACCACCAAGCCAACCGGCACUGGCAACCAAGAUCGAGUGGUGAUCCGUAAUCCAACCACCGGCGAGCUCACCACUGUUCUCGAAACCGCUUCCAUCGCUCACCUCAACAAGCGCGGCUGGAAAGGACUGGAGCAGCGCUUGGGCAUGGACGAACCAAGCGUACUCGAAGAGGGUAGGGAGGGUAUUGCGAAAGGAUACAAGGACGCUGGUGGACAAGGCGAGAUCAUGUAG